CUUCAUCAUCAAAAGCGUCAUCAACUCAUGUCUCGGAUCCAACGUCCAGUCCGUCGAUAUCUGCGUCAUCCAAACCCUUGCUCCCACCGCGACAGGGCGAACCCCGGUGUUUGACGAUUCAGCCAAAGGUGUUUGUCGCGACACCCUCAAACUCUCACCACGUGCCUCCGGCCUUCGCUGCUGAUCCUGCAGAAUAAGAUUGCCAUUGCAACCUCGCCAUACACCGUUUUGGCCUGUACAGAAUGUAGCGCAAGCACGUUUCCCUUCCACUGGAUGUUUUCCCUCGCUAGAUAAAACCCAUGGAUUCGAAGACAGUCCCUGACCCUGCUAACCUCUUGCAUUCCCGACCUGCGACAGAUCGGCGUGAUGAUGAUAAAGGUUCACGACACCCACCUUGGGCGUCAGCCCCUCGGCGAGGGCCUCUUAUUGUCCUGUCCUUAAUCAUUUUCUUGGUCUAUGUCGAGCUUGACGGCGCAAUGCGUCAAUACAUCCUCCCAAUCGUCAGCUUGACUGGCUUGUCGCACGCCCUGCCGAAAUGGCGGAAUGGCACGACUGAGUUGGGCCCGCUCAAGUUCUCUGAUGACGGGACAUUUCAGCUCUCCAUCUUUGAGGAUUUGCAUUUCGGCGAGAAUUACUGGGAUUCCUGGGGUCCCCAACAGGACAUCAACAGCGUCAAGGUGCUGGAGAAGGUCCUUGACUCCGACCGUCCUGACCUCGUGGUAUUAAACGGCGAUCUGAUCACCGGCGAAAAUGCAUUUCUUGACAAUGCCACACAUGUGAUGGACAUGAUUGCUGGCCCCCUGGUCGAGCGUGGGCUGAGCUGGGCGUCGACCUAUGGCAACCAUGACCAUCAGCCCAAUCUAUCAGGCCAAGCACUCCUCGAGAGGGAGCACAUGUGGCCGAAUGCUCUUACUCGCAGCAUGGUGCCCGGCCGCAACGCUGGCGUCACCAACUACUACCUGCCGGUGUACCCCAACAACUGCACCGACUGCAGCAAAUGCGCCCCUGAGUUGCUGCUCUGGUUUUUCGACAGUCGGGGCGGCUUCUACUUUCAAGAAUGGAACGAGGAUGGCUCGCAGGUCGCACAGCCCAACUGGGUUGACUUUGGCGUCGUCGAGUGGUUCCAGCAGACAAACGCCAAGCUUGUGAACAAGUACCAGAAAACGAUCCCGUCUCUUGCCUUUGUCCACAUCCCGACAAACGCCUCGCGCGCUCUCCAGACAGAGUCCAAGGUUCACCCAAACUACCAGCCUGGCAUCGAUGAUGAUUACCCCCUGGCGCCGCAAGCCCAAGGAUGGUGCACCGACGGCGUCAACGACGGGACCUGCAGCUAUGGCGGCCAAGACACGCCUUUUAUGCAGGCGAUCGCCACAAUGCCAGGCCUCAUGGCGCUAUUCUCGGGACACGACCAUGGUGCGACUUGGUGCUACAAGUGGGAGGGCCUCAUCCCUGGUAUGGUCGUUGCUGGCAACGGUAUCAACAUGUGCUUUGGCCAGCACUCUGGCUAUGGCGGUUACGGCAACUGGAUUCGAGGCGCCCGACAGGUGCUCGUCACGCAGGGGAAGCUGGCGAAUCUCGAGAUUGACUCGUGGAUCCGCCUGGAGAGCGGUGACAUUGUGGGCGAUGUGUCGCUGAAUGCGACGUAUAAUGAGGAUUGGUAUCCUGCGACGCCAAACGACAAGACGUCGUGUCCUACGUGUAACUAUACAAUUAUUACCCCAAUGCCAGGGACGCGAAGGGCUAAGUGAAUAUAGGUUGAUCGAAGCGAAGAGAAGUC